AUGACUUUAUAUGAUAUGAAAGAGCUGCCACAUUUGGUAAAACCAGCUACUUUGAUACUCAUUAUACUUCAAAUGAUAUUCGUUUUCUCACCCGGUUAUCGAGCAUUUGGUUGGUUUGUCAUCAUGACCACAAUAAUACAGUUAAUUCUAUGUGUACUAGUGUUUAUUGCAAUGUUCGCGAAUAUCACUGCAGUCGUUGAAGCACCGAUGUGGCCAACAGCGGAAAUGACAUAUAGUGGAGUGUUCACGAUUUUUCAAGUGAUCAACUUUUUCUACUUUAUUGUGAACAUGUUUGGACAUUUCAACUUAUUCCUGCUAUUUGGAGUGUUCGAAUCUGCUCUACUUACACUCGUCUGGCUGUUCAACGCUUUCCAAUGGUGGCGUUCACGUACACCACCGCCGUCCUCAACAGGAAAUCAAGCGACGGCCGCUCCACCUCCAAAUUUCGCCCCAUCAUAUCCGGCUGGUGUUAAUCCAGCGUAG